AUGCCUGAAAUAAACAACGAUACUAUAGAAAUUACUGAUAUAGGAAAUGACUCUGUUACAUCCCUUGGUCACAUCCCAAUUGAAUUUUGUUCCUAUCAACAUAACUUCUACGUACUUCCAGCAUUUGUUUUGCCGUAUGAUGGAAUCAUCGGUAGUGACUUCCUUAUCAAAUUAAAUUGCAAAAUUAAUUAUGAUAACAACACCUUAAAAGUAAAUAAAGAUGAAAUAGAGCUUUGUUUCAAUAAGCCAGUCUAUGCUAUUGCACCUCGAUGUGAAACUAUCAUAGAGUGUUCUGUAAGAAAUCCGGACAUUAAAGAAGGACUUGUUCUCGAUCAGAACCCCGUGGACUUGCUCCUAAUAGCUAACUGCAUCGUAAAAGUGAAAUCAAAUUCAAGAAUUAAUAUCUCCGUUGUAAAUACUUCCGAAAGCGAAUUAAUCGUCGAAUCUUUUAUACUUUUUCAGACGGUUCACGAAAUAACGUCCUUACUCGCACCGAUCAAACUCUAA